AUGGAUAAGCCAGCAACGCACAACUCGCCGCGGACAUGGUUCCUCACCUCGUCGCUCUCGCCGCUAAGCAUCCGCCUAGUCCGGCUGCUGCUGGCGCACGGUGACUACGUGGUGGCCUGCUUGCCGCCCGUCGAGAUUGAGGAUGAGGAGCGGAGCGCCGAGUUCCGCGAGCUCAUCAACGAAUGCAAGAGCAACCGCAAGGACCGCGAGGGCUGGAAGGACCGCAUCCGCGGGAUCCGCUGCGAUGCCCGCGCUAUGGGACAGUGCGGCGCCGCCAUUGCCGAGGCCGUGCAGGUGUUUGGACGCAUAGACAUUCUGCUUUGCUGCAAGUUUGAGGCCGUCAUCGGCACUGUCGAGGAGCUCUCAGCGACGCCGUCUACACGCAACCUGGUCCGGGACCAAUUCGACACCAUCUUCUUCUCCCAAGUCAACUUCAUCAAAGCCGCUCUGCCCCAGUUCCGCGCCCAGCACACGGGGCACAUUAUUAUCCUCACCAGCAUCGGCGGCCACAUCGGCACGCCCUGCAUGCCCAUGUACACGGCCGCCACCUGGGCACUCGAGGGUUACUGCGACUCGCUAGCCUACGAGAUUGCCCCUUUCAACAUAAAGGUCACCAUAGUGCAGCCCAACAAGGAGAUCCAGAGCUUGACCAACAAAAUCAUCUUCGCCCCGCAGCUGCCCUACUACGACGCCGAGAUCAACCCAGCCCCCAACAUGCGCGAGAUGCUGAGCAACGUGCUCAACGCCAACCCGGACACGGCCAUCGAGCAGUCCGACGACGAGGUCCAGAUCCGCUACCCGCACCUGCCCGCAGCCGCCUACGACAAGCUCGUCAUGGAGACGGUGCACGCCCUGACGGCCAUCGGUGGCCACGAGAACCCGCCCGCCCGGCACAUUGUCGGCUUCGAGGGCGCCGUGGCCGUCAAGGAAAAGCUCAAGACGGUGACGGAGGAGCUGGAGGAUUUUGUCGAGGCCAGUCUGGCCGUCGACAUCUUUGAGAGCGAGCUCAAGACGGAGGCGAGGCAGGGGAGGUCGAACGUGGAUGUUGCUGGGUCGGGGAGCGGGUCGGGCAUGUGA